AAUAGGGGUGGGCCUUUCCACCCACACCACACAUGCUAUUGAGACAAAAAGGACACUCCCACCCUCUUCCCUUGAUCAGUUCGGCCAACCCACCCCAAUCAGAAGAAAGAACCCUCCAUCUAUCAUUCUCCAUAGACAAGAACAAGCUCAAGCAAGGGUGGUUCAAAAGAAGGGGGAUUAAGAAGGAAAAAGUGAGGAAAACUUGGAUAAUUAAGAGGUGUAGAAUGAGGGGUUGGAAGGUAGUUCUAAGCCCAAGAACGGACUUAGAAGCCAAUAUGACCGGUUCACCGGAAAAUAACCUUUUGGAGGUUAUUUGUAUUGAUAUGAGUUUUGUGAUGAUAAAAACAUAUUAGGAGCUUGACUAAAGUGUUUCUAGAGUUCACCGGAGUUUCGUCGGAGUUCGUCGGAGUUUCGCCGGAGUUCGACUAAGAAGUGUAGAAUCUUUUUAAAGCUCAUUUGAGGUUGAAGUUAAGGUUUGUCAUCUACACCUUUGCACGGGUGAAGAGAAUCCAGAGGAAGACGUGGUUCGUGCUCCCUCUACUAUUUCAAAAAAAUAAACUGUGCUCAUGGAUACUUUUGUAUUAAUACAUUGUUUUGGUCUGCGAGCCUAUGUUUGGCCAUGUGUGGCCCAUGAUUAAUUGUUGAAUAUUUCCGCUAUUCAAUUAAUCUAAACUGUGAUGUUGUUGUGUAUGUUUACUACUGAGUAUGGAUAUAUUAUGUUCAUGGACGCCUUGUAUGAUUAAGACACGUUGACUUGCGAGUGACGUCACUUGGUCAUACGGCGGUUAUACACGCGCCUAGAUGCGGUCUGGGGCAUGACAAUAUGACAACUCCGAGAAAUAGAGCUUCGUGGAUCGAGAAUCUUGAAGAAGACACCAUCACAACACAUCCGGAGACAGGAAUCAUCUAUAGAGAUUACAAAGGUGUGAAACGUAUCCUGCUGCUGAAACAGAUUCAUAAGUACAGUGAUGGAACGCUCAAAAUCAUAGAAGAACAUCUGGAAGAAGCCGCGCUGAAAGUGAAGAAUUCAGAGAAUCCAGAUGACCCGAUCCAGAUUGAUCUCAUUGGAGAAUUUGCCGAAGCCAUAGGAGUUAGACUUGAUUUCAGAAGGACUCUCAGACAUUGUGAAGUCAUCCUUGGCUAGCGGAAGUCAUUGUACAAGACUCAAAGAUAAACAACGUUUCAUCGACAUUUGAACACAAAGGGGGAGAAUGUUAGAAUAUUAUUUUAUUGUGUUCAAAUUAAUUGUAUUUUAUUUAAUGAGUCUUUGUAAUUAAUUAGAUUAGUUGAGAGAGAAUUAGGCCCAAUAUUAAUGUGCUCUAAAUAUGCUCACAUGCCUAACAACUGCUUCCUAAUUGUAAUAAGACAAUUUGAACCACUCCCUAUAAAUAGAGGUUGUGAUGGCUGAAUUUGUUCCCUAAGUCUCUACACAUUCUGUUUCCGCAUAUUAUUCUGGUAGAGCACAUAGAAUAGAAAUUCUUUCUCUUUAUACGUUCGAGUACUAUGUAAUUGGUCUUCAUGGAUUCAUCAUCAUUAAUACACGGUAUACGUUAUUGGUGAAUUUCUCUUCUACUGUUUUAGUUCUUCCUAUUAUUCUUAGAUUAUUCGACUGUUGAAUCUGGGCGUAAAUUCUCAUAGCUUUUCUAUGCCUUCUUCCACCAAAACACCUC